AAACCCGAACCUUUAACAAAAAAGAACUAUAAACCCUAAUCUUUCUUGACUAUUCUAUCUGCUCUAUAAAAGUGUAAAAGUAGAAGUCGCCGAUUCCAAAACAUAUCGCACUAUAUUGAAUUUGCUUCCGAUAGAAAAAAAACUAUUAUGGGGGAAAGUAUGAAAGAGAUUUUUGAAGUUCAAAGCUGCAUCAGAAGAUUUCCAUGGCUAAUUCAGAUGGUGAAGUCGAGACUAUUCCAUGAAUUAUGCGAUCAACACAUCAAAGAACAACGGCGUUACUUCUGUUGCGAUUGUAUGAUUCCUCCUUUUUGCAAUGUCUGCUUCAAGAAGAACGAUCACAAAGACCAUCUUAUCAUUCAAGCAUUUAGAUGUUCAAACCAGACAGGAGUAAGGAAAGACUUCAUAUCAAAAUAUAUGGACAUAUCUGGGAUACAUAUGUUUUCUGUGAACCGGUCUUGGAUAGUUUUUAUUAAUCAGAGAUGUGAAAGUGACGUUCAUUGUUUUAGAAACAAUGUUUCACAUAGAUGCAAAGUCUGUGGAUGGGCUUUUGAAACUGCUUCUUCUGCUUUCUGUUCUGUAGAAUGCAAGUUUAGGAGCGUUCUUGGAUCACAACUCGAUGACAUGAUGGAGAGUUCAGAUGAUGUUGAUGAACCCGUUGUGAAGAGAAAGGAGAGUUCAGAAGAUGUGUCUGAACCCAUUAUGAAGAGAAAACAUAGGAGGAAAGGGACUCCAUACAGAUCUCCAUUCUACUAGGAUUUAAACUCCAAAACGAGUUUCAUACAUAUGUGAGGGUUUAAGAGGUUUUGAGAUUUAAAUAUGUGUAGCUUGUGCUUGUUGGACUUUUCUUUUUGUUUUUACUUCCAGAUCAAACUGAUAAUUGUUUCUAUGGAAUGUGAUUUUUUUUCUUUUCUAAAUCAUGUUUGUAUAGUUUAAUCUUAAUACCCUCAAGAUAAUAUAGUUGUGAUUUAUAUAUACCAUGCUAUUGUUUUCCCCAAUAAUCUUCAUUGUAUUACUGUGCAUGCGCAUGAGUAAUUGAGCAAGUUAUUUAGUCUUUGUUUGUCUCCAAAUAUUGAAACAAUGUCGUAAACAAUUCUAUAGGCUAUUUUUUAGCCAAAAAUUUAAGCAAAUUCUAUUGGCGUGGGACCGCCCAUAACUCUCUGGAUAAUUUCAAGUCAGAAUAUUCCUGAAUACAUCUUAAACAUCUCAUAUUAAUCAUAAUUAUCCAUUUUAUUAAUCAUACUAAACUGUAGAUAUAUACCUACUUUAAUUACCUCAAAUUCCUAUAUACGGUACCGUAGCCAGGGGGUUUGGUUUAGAUUGACAUUAGCGUACGUACUUGGAACAUUUUCUUGCAGUUCGAGUAAAUUUACAUUUGGUUUCUGUACUGAUUCUCUCCUCCAUCACAUCGCCGAUAGGUACUACUCUUUAUGUACUCUCUUUCUCUCUCUUAUUUCCAUCAGUCAAACAGUUUGAUCAAUAUUUAUUGGUUCUACGAUUGCUAUAUGAUUCUUGGUGAUACAUACCUUUACAGCUUUACUGCUUCUGCUUCUGCUUCUGCUUCUGCUUCUGCUUCUUAGCGUAUUUAGAAAAUUACUUGCGGCUCGAGCAAAUAAAAAAUUUCCCAUUUUUUUGUUUGGAAAAAAAGCAAAAAAGGAACUGUAUUGAACAAGAUAAAAGGAAACAUUAGUUUCGAUAUUUGAGACUAAAAGAACCACAAACCCUAACUUCUCUACUACAACUCCAUUAAUUUGCUCUUUAAAAGUGUAAACAACACGACGAUCCCGAAACAAAUUACACUAAAAAUUGAAUUUUCUUCCAAUUUUUUAAAAAAACUUCCAAAGUAUGGCGAAAAGCAUGAAAGAAAUUUUGAAGUUCAGAGCUGCAUCAGAAGAUUUCCAUGGCUAAUUCAGAUGGUGAAGUCGAGACUAUUCCAUGAAGUAUGCAUCAACACAUCAAAGAACAGCGACGUUACUUCUGUUGCGAUUGUAUGAUUCCUCCUUUUUGCAAUGUCUGCUUCAAAAAGAACGAUCACAAAGACCAUCUUAUCAUUCAAGUAAACAAUAUUCUUCCUUAAUUAUUAUAAAACAAAAACUUCUUCUCUAUUAUUACAUCCCCACAUUCGUAGAUGGAACCCCUUAAUCAAAAUUUCAGUCUCUUUUGAUAUGAAAACAAGCUUUAAUUAUGAUUAUUGGGUUUUGAAAUCACAGGCAUUUAGAUGUUCAAACCAGACAGGAGUAAGGAAAGACUUCAUCAGAGAUGUGAGAAUAGUUUUCUGUGAACCGGUUUUGGAUAGUUUUUAUUAAUCAGAGAUGUGAGAAUUAUGUUCAUCGUUUUAGAAACAAUGUUUCACAUAGAUGCACAGUCUGUGGCUGGGCUUUUGAAACGGCUUCUUCUGCUUUCUGUUCUAUAGAAUGCAAGGUACAUGUUAUUUCUAUUUCUAUUUCUGAUUUUUU